ACUUGUUUCAGCUUUGGCCAGGGACAUGCUGUGUUUGCCCCAAGUUUCCUGUUUAGUAGGCCAUCAGAACAGCAGUAUCGUGCCUGAGUCAGUGUUCCCAGUAGGGACCAGUUGGGUAUGCUUAGGGCAUACUGGAGGAGAGGGCCAGACAGACAGUGAGAAGCCUCCUGUACCAAUACUGCAUUCCCAAAGGUGCUCCUAGUUUCCUCGUCGCUGUUGCCACUCCAUUAUCCUCCCUCUCGCUGGGGACAGGAAUCUGGGAUGAGUGUCAAUUGCUUCAGCAGACAUGGAUUUGAAUCAGCUGGAGGCUUUUCUCACUGCCCAAACCAAAAAACAAGGUGGCAUCACAUCAGACCAAGCUGCAGUCAUUGCAAAAUUUUGGAAGAACCACCGAAUGAAGAUCCACGAGAGCCUGAUCGAUCAGAGCCGUUGGGAUAACGUCCUGAAAAACAUGAACUGGCGAGUGGAUCUGAAGUCACAGUCGAGACACAUUGAUCAGAUAAACACUCCUGUUGCAAUAGUUGAAAUGGAACUGGGAAAAAUUGGGCAGGAGUCGGAGUUCCUCUGUUUGGAGUUUGAUGAGGCCAAGGUGAGCCAGAUGCUGAAGAAGCUCUCAGAAAUAGAGGAGAGCAUGAACUCAUUGACUCAGACCACUUAACCAAAUAAAGAGAUUGGAACUCAGAAAAUGAA